AGUUGUGAAAAAUCUGGUUGCUUUAUAUUCUCCAGGACGGUUCAGCCGCUUACCUUCAGGAGAGGGACUGCAGAGCAUCUGCAACCCAGUAUUGGUGAGAGCUGUUUGUAAGAGCCAUGCACCUGGAACUCUAAUGCGACCACCUGCGCUUGAAGACCGGCAAAAGGCGGUGGCUGUCCAGGCGUGCAGGGCUGAAUAACAACAGCAAAAAAACAAACAAAAAAAAAAAAAAAAAACAAGAAGAAGAAGCUGAGACACGGAGCAUCUGUGCAGCUACACCCCGAGAAACCUCACAGCUCCCCCGCCUGCUAUAGGCAUGUCGACCGCCGGGGAAGUGCCAGCAUUCUUCAAGAGCAUGGGCUCUGACAGCCCCGCCAGGCCGAGGCAGAAAUUCUGUGGCAUGUUCUGCCCGGUGGAAGGCUCCUCGGACAGCAAGACCCUGGACUUUGAUGCACUCUCGGCGUGCAGGGGCAGGAGUGACCGGAGAGUCAUUGACCGGCAGACCGACAUCUCCCAGCCGAGGAAGGUGGAGAUAAGGGAGAGCACGGGGAAAGAAGCGCUACAGAAUCUGGAUGAUAAAAGGAGCGACCGCCUCCUGAUCAAAGGAGCGAAGAUCGUGAACGAUGACCAGUCCUUCUGUGCUGACAUCUAUAUGGAGGAUGGAGUCAUCAAACAAAUUGGGGAGAACCUCAUCGUGCCCGGUGGGGUAAAAACCAUCGAUGCCCACGGCCGCAUGUUGAUGCCGGGCGGCAUCGACGUGCACACGCGUUUCCAGAUGCCUGAUCGAGGUAUGACGUCUGCAGAUGACUUCUACCAGGGAACCAGGGCUGCGCUGGCUGGAGGCACCACCAUGAUCAUUGACCAUGUGGUACCUGAGCCCGGCCUCAGCCUCAUCUCGGCCUUCGAGCAGUGGCGCGAAUGGGCCGACAGCAAGUCCUGCUGCGACUACUCGCUGCACGUCGACAUCACCGAGUGGCACAAAGGCCUCCAGGAGGAGAUGGAGGCGCUCGUGAAGGAUCACGGUGUCAACUCUUUCCUGGUCUACCUGGCUUAUAAAGAUAUUUUCCAGCUUACUGAUGCUCAGGUGUACGAAGUGUUCAGUGUGAUCCGCGAUCUGGGAGCCAUCGCCCAGGUGCACGCCGAGAACGGAGACAUCGUAGCUGAGGAGCAGCGCAGGAUCCUGGAGCAGGGGAUCACUGGGCCUGAGGGACACGUCCUGAGUCACCCUGAGGAGGUGGAGGCAGAGGCUGUGAACCGCUCUGUGACCGUGGCCAAUCAGACCAACUGCCCCCUGUACGUCACCAAGGUGAUGAGCAAAAGCGCAGCUGAUGUCAUCGCUCAGGCGAGGAAGAAGGGCACUGUGGUCUACGGAGAGCCAAUCACUGCCAGCCUGGGAACAGACGGUUCACACUAUUGGAGCAAGAACUGGGCCAAAGCCGCCGCCUACGUCACCUCCCCUCCCCUGAGCCCCGACCCCACCACACCAGACUAUCUCAACUCUCUGCUCUCCUGUGGAGACCUGCAGGUGACAGGAAGUGCACACUGUCCCUUCAACACCGCCCAGCGCGCUGUGGGCAAAGAUGACUUCAGCUUGAUUCCUGAGGGUGUCAAUGGCACUGAGGAGAGGAUGUCCAUCAUCUGGGACAAGUGUGUGGUGACAGGUAAGAUGGAUGAGAACCAGUUUGUGGCAGUGACCAGCACCAACGCGGCCAAGAUCUUCAACCUGUACCCCCGCAAGGGUCGCAUCGCUGUGGGCUCAGAUGCUGAUCUGGUGCUGUGGGACCCAGACGUCACGAAGAUUAUCUCCGCCAAGAGCCACAACUCAACUGUGGAGUACAACAUCUUUGAAGGCACAGAGGUGCGCGGUGGGCCUCUGGUGGUCAUCAGCCAGGGCAAGAUCGUCUUGGAGGAGGGGAACCUCCACACGACCGAGGGCUCGGGACGCUAUGUGGCCCGUAAACCUUUCCCCGACUUUGUCUACAAAAGGAUAAAGGCUCGCAGCAGGCUGGCUGAGCUGAGGGGUGUACCCAGAGGACUGUACGACGGUCCGGUCUGCGAGGUGUCAGUCACCCCUAAAACCAUGACUCCCGCCUCCUCUGCCAAGACCUCACCUGCCAAGCAGCCCAACCAGCCCGUCCGUAACCUGCACCAGUCUGGAUUCAGUCUAUCUGGUGCUCAGAUUGAUGACAACAUUCCUCGCAGGAACACCCAGCGCAUUGUGGCGCCUCCAGGUGGCAGGGCCAACAUCACCAGCCUGGGUUAGAGCCCCCACCCUCGGCCGAUGAGGAGGAAACAAAGGUUUGAGGGAGGGCAGCCAGUGGGAGCUGAAGGGUCGAGAAACCACGUCACGACACCAGAGGCCUCCACCCUCGCAGAACCUGACCGGGUCACCCUCGAUCUUUCACUUCCUCCUUUGCCGCUUUUUCACAUACCCACUCUCCUCUUCCCCAAAACCUGAUCCUAGAGGACACAGCUAGAAACAAAAAAAAAAAAAAAAAGUCUGCCUCAUGAUGAAAAAAGAGAAAAAAAAUGAAAACACUCCUUA